AUGGGUGAGACCGCAUCGGUGUCGUCGUCGGCGACGCCUCAGCCGGCCGCCCGGGAAGAGCCCGUCAACUACGGACCUCCCGAAGAGGGCAUCUUCAAACACAUCUCCAAGUUCAUCCCGUACUUCCGCGACGCCCGCAAUGUGCUCGUGUUCAAGCUGGACGUCAUGCUGCUCGCGUGGAUGUUCCUCGCCGGUAUCAUGAAGGAGAUGGACCAGUCCGCCACGACGCAGGCCUACGUCUCGGGCAUGAGGGAGUCGCUCAACCUCUACGGCAACGAGCUGGUCGAGUUCAACACCUUCUUCUCCAUCGGCUACGCCCUCGGUCUGGUCCCUGGCCAGUUGAUCCAGACGCGGUUCCGGCCGUCGAUAUUCCUCCCCCUCUGCGAGAUGAGCUGGGGACUGUUGGUUCUCUUCACAUACAAAGCACCCAAUGCCCAGACCAUCUUCGGCCUCCGCUUCUUCCUCGGCCUCUUCUCCUCCGCCUUCUGGCCCAGCGUCGUCGCCCUCAUCUUCAACUGGUACACGCCGGCCGAGCUCGCCGUCCGUGUCGCCUGCUUCACCGUCUGCGACGUCGCCGGCGCCAUGUUCCUCGGCGCCCUGCAGGCCGCCCUGUUCCGCGACAUGAACGGCGUCCACGGCUACGCCGGAUGGCAGUGGCUUUUCUUGAUCGCCGGCGCCGUCACCGUCGGCCAGGGCCUCAUCGCCUUCGUCACCGUGCCGGACUCGCCCUCCAACACGCGCGCCCUCUACCUCACCGAGAACGAGAAGCGCCUCGCCCGCGAGCGCAUGGGCGAUUCCGGCGUCACCACCUCCAAGCGCAUCCCAGCCAGGCUCCUCCGCGCCAAGAUCCGCAAGCUCCUCGUCCACCCCGUCACCUACUUCUUCCUCUUCUCCUUCGCCUUCAGCGCCUGGGCCCACCGCGCCAACUCAUACUUCGUCCUGUACCUCGAGAGCAUCAAGGACGCCGCCGGCAACCGCGUCUACGACACGUACCACGUCAACAUCCUGCCCCUGGGCGGCUACGCCCUGCAGAUCGUCACCAACGUCGGCCUCAACUGGCUGUCCGACUGGAAGCACUGGCGCUGGCAGAUCAGCGUCUUCUCCGCCGCCGCCCACGGCAUCUGCCUCGCCGUGCUGUGCGGCUGGCCGUCCGACCACAAGGUCAUCCUCGCCUUCUACUUCCUCACGUACGCGACCAACGCCGGUAGCCCCUCUCUCAUGGCGUGGAUGGCCGAGAUCCUCCGCAAGGAGCCCGAGGCCCGUUCCAUCAUCGUCGCGAUGACCGUGACCACCGUCUACGUCGGUCACGCCACGAUCCCCCUUGGGGCGUUCCGGGUUGCCGACGCGCCCAGAUAUCCCAUCGGGUUCCCGCUCACGACCUCCUUCACUGUCGCUACCAUCUUGGUCCAGCUUGGCAUGUUGUGGUGGCAUAGACGGCACCCUGAGAUUGCCGAGUACGGAUAUGAAAAGCCCUCCAACGCUCACCGGUCGGACGAAGAGAACCCCAAGCUGGGCGACAAUGAGACAGUAGUCAGCGGGCCUGACUCGAAGGCGGCCCAGAUUACAGACUCGAGGGAGCUGUAG